GCUGACGUUUAUUUUGCACGUUGCUAUAUUGCAAUCGGUCUUUCUUUGUCGAAAUUCUGCUUUUUAAAGUGGCAAACACUUUGACUCAUAGGCAUAAAAUAAAGAAAGUGCUCUAACUUGAAAGCCUCUUCAAAAUGGUCGAAUUAACUCCGGAGGAAAAGAAACAGUUGAUCACCCGCAAUCUGCAGGAGACUCUGGGUGAAGAUAAACUGAAUACAAUACUCAAGGAACGCGAUCUGAAAAUUUACUGGGGCACAGCUACUACAGGCAAGCCACAUGUAGCCUAUUUUGUGCCUAUGUCAAAAAUUGCCGAUUUUCUAAAGGCCGGCUGUGAGGUCACCAUACUGUUUGCUGACUUGCAUGCCUAUUUGGAUAAUAUGAAAGCGCCAUGGGCACUACUCGAAUUGCGUACACAAUAUUAUGAAGCAGUCAUAAAGGCAAUGCUGAGCUCCAUUGGUGUGCCAUUAGAUAAAUUGAAGUUCGUUAAAGGUACCAAUUACCAGCUAUCGAAGGAAUAUACACUGGACGUAUACAAACUAAGCUCGGUUGUGACACAGCACGACGCACGAAAAGCUGGCGCUGAAGUAGUGAAACAAAUCGAAUACCCUUUGCUCUCGGGUUUGCUUUAUCCUGGACUGCAAGCUUUAGAUGAAGAGUAUCUAAAAGUAGAUGCACAGUUUGGUGGCGUUGAUCAACGCAAAAUCUUUACAUUCGCUGAAAAAUACCUGCCACAGUUGGGAUAUGAAAAGCGCAUACACUUCAUGAAUCCAAUGGUGCCCGGUUUAGCAGGCGGCAAAAUGUCCUCUUCCGAAGAAGAUUCGAAAAUCGAUCUUCUGGAUUCGCCCGCUAAUGUUAAGAAGAAGUUGAAGAAAGCUUUUUGUGAGCCCGGCAAUAUUACGGACAACGGUCUUUUGUCAUUCGUGAAGCAUGUGCUCUUUUCGCUUUUCAAGGAAGGUGAAGGGUUUUCGGUAACUCGUCCAGCGGAAUUUGGCGGUGAUGUUACAUUCCAUAACUAUGCAGACUUGGAGAAAAGCUUUGCCGACAAUGAGUUACAUCCUGGAGAUUUAAAAGCUGCCGUUGAGAAGUAUAUUAACAAACUCUUGGAACCGAUAAGAAAGGCUUUCGAAAGUCCAGAGUUGCAAAAGCUUAGUGCAGCUGCCUAUCCACCACCAAGCAAAGCGAAAGGUGGAAAUAAUGCGAAUAAUGCAGCAGUCGUUGAGGAGGAUGGACCCCACCGCUUGGAUAUACGUGUUGGAAAAGUUGUCGAAGUGUCUCGCCAUCCAGACGCAGAUACUUUGUAUGUCCUAAAAAUAGAUUUGGGCGAGGCGCAACCACGUACCAUUAUAAGUGGAUUGGUGAAAUUCGUCACAGUCGAAGAAUUAGAUCAAAGAUUAGUAGCUGUACUGUGCAAUCUGAAACCGUCUAAAAUGCGCGGUAUUUUGUCUGAGGGCAUGGUGCUCUGCACAUCGAAUGCUGACCACACCGUGGUAGAACCCAUUAUUGUGCCCGCUAGUGCCGCACCUGGUAGUCGCUUGGCAUUCGAAGGUUACAGUGGUACUCCUGAUGAACAAUUAAACCCCAAGAAGAAGGUUUGGGAGAAGCUGUCUGUGGACUUAAAAACAAAUGCCGAUGGUGUUGCUGUUUGGAAAGCCAACUUUUUGCUCACUCCCGAUGGAGAGAAACUUUCUAGCAAAUUAGCGAACUGCAAUAUUAAAUAAAUGGAACAAAUAACAGUUUUCAACGUGAUGAAGUUUUAGAGGUCGAUAAUGUGUGGCUACUUUGCAGAAUUGAAUAUUUAUUUGCAUUUUAAUUUUUUAUUUGGCAUAAUAAACACGCGCUUUCUAAGGCAGGACAUCCGA